AUGGAAACAGACAUUUUCCACCCAAAGCUCAUUGAAGUUUUUAAUGGGAAGACCAUUGAAAUGACAGCAUGUGGCGAUUAUCAUACCUGUGCAGUUACACAUUCGGGCGACCUCUACACUUUGGGUGAUGGAUCUUCUGGAUGUGGCUUGCUUGGGCAUGGAACUGAUGUGAGUCACUGGAUCCCCAAACGGGUCAAUGGCCCUACCGACGGCUUCCAAAUCACAUUCGUCUCGUGUGGACCUUGGCAUACGGCUCUCCUUACUUCAACCGACCCCUUGUUUACAUUUGGAGAUGGAACCUUUGGUGCAUUAGGCCAUGGUGAUCGUAGUGGAACCAGCAUUCCACGAGAAGUGGAAGCUUUGAAGGGACUACAUGCGCAGCACGUUGCUUGUGGUGUAUGGCACACUGCAGCAGUGGUUAAACUAGUAUAUAAAUCUUCCACCUCAGGGCAAGGGCUGUACAGUUCCUCUGCUGGAAAGCUUUACACGUGGGGGGACGGAGAAUACGGGCAACUAGGGCAUGGUGAUGAUAAACCAAGGCUGGUUCCCGAACGCGUAUCUUCGUUGGUUGACACUGAUUUUUCUCAGGUAGCAUGUGGGAACAAGCUUACCGUUGCUCUUACCACCUCAGGAAACGUAUACACCAUGGGAAAAGAUGGGAAAGGCUCCAACUUGUAUAAGAGAGUAUUUUCUCAGUCACCUUCUCCAGUACUAGGGAAGAGGUCAUCGACCCCAUCACCCUCUCCGUCUUUCUCAUUUCGAACACUUGAAGCAACUCCCGAUGAAUUAAGGAGCAGCAAUGAUAUCCUAAGCAUGGAGCUCAAAAGUUUAAGGCAACAGGUGGAUAAACUUUCAACCAAAUCCCAGUCUCUAGAAUCUGAACUUGAAAGAAAAUCAGAGCAACUGAAGGAGGUGGCUGCACUGCACGGGCAGCCGUUGAAGCUGAAAAAAGCCAGGCUGCGAAAGAAGUGA